AUGGUGACGCUUAGAGAAAAGAAGGCUGAUGCUAGUGGACAAGAAGAGAAGGAUAUGAAUGGUGAGAUUCGGCUUCGCUUUGAUCCAAUCGCUGUUGAUAAACUGUACUCGGAGCUCAUUGCAAAAUAUCCUACCCAUCUACCGCUGCUUCUCACAAAGAUGAAACUUCUCAUGGACAAAAAGCGUUCUACAACGGAGGCCGAUACAAUGCGCCUGAUUAUCCAACAAAUUCUCGAGCAGUGUCGAGUUGAUGAAGUGCUGAAGUACUUAGGAGCCAGACAGGAUCAUAAUCUAGACCAAAUUUCUCUCAAAAAGAAUAUGGACGAGCGCAAAGCGGCUAUAAUUGACUGCUUGUUGGCUCGCGCACACAUGGUUGUUGAUUUAUAUCUCAAAAUGACUGAUGAUUUAGCGGACGUUUUCCACAAACCUCUGGCGCCAGUAUUCGGUCUCAGUUCAUCUAAGGUCAGCUAGAU